UAUUCCCCACCCUCUAACCCCUUACCCAGCAAUGUCGAGCAAACGGAAAGUUUCUCCGGCGGAAUUAUCGGAGUCUUCUAAACGACAUGCAGUAGAAGUAGUGGAAAGCGUGGAUAUAGCUGUGGAUGAAGUAGUUGAAGGUUAUCGGGACGAUGAUGAGUUUGUAGAGGAUGAGGAAAUUGUAGCCGAUAGUUUGAACGGUGAAUCGUUUGAUCAGAAAGAGGUGAGAAGAGUUGUUGUGCAGGCUAAUGAGGAGCAAGAGUGUGCGUUUUACGGCGAAACUGUGCCGGAGAGUGAAGCUAGGGAGAAAUGGCCUCAUCGAUAUAUUAUAAAGGAUAAGAUGAAUGUAAAUGGUGCACCUAUGAGCUUAAAUUGCCAAGAUGAUUCCAACCAAUUAAUUCAAGCCAAGUGCCAUUUUGUACAAGCAUUGAUUGACAAUGCCAUUUAUAAACUUGGGGAUGAUGCGUAUGUAAAGGCUGCAGAUGGUGAAGAUGAUUACAUAUGCAAGAUUGUUGAGUUUUUUCAAGGUGUUGAUGAUAUGAAGUAUUUUACUGCUCAGUGGUUUUACAGAGCCAAGGAUACUGUAAUUAAAGCUCAUGACCAGUUUAUCGACAACAAGCGUGUAUUCUUAUCAGAUAUUAAGGAUGACAACCCUCUUGAUUGCCUUGUAAAAAAAAUCAAGAUUGUUCCAAUAUCAUCAAAUGUAAGCUUACAGUUUAAGGAAAGUUUGAGAUCAGAAUGUGACUAUUACUAUGACAUGAAGUACCUUGUUCCAUUCUCGUCAUUUAUUAGUUUACCAUCAGAUGUUUCAAGUCCUGAUAGUGAAUUAGAUUCUACCAUAUCAAGCGACGCUGAUGUUGUGGAAGUCGAUGAACAGAAGCAAGAAAAGAAGCUCCUGGAUCUCUAUUCCGGUUGUGGUGGAAUGUCCACUGGGUUGUGCUUGGGUGCUGAUGUUUGCGGUGUUAAACUUGUCACUAAAUGGACUGUUGAUCUAAAUCGAUAUGCUUGUGAUAGUUUAAAAGUGAACCACCCAGAAACUGAGGUAAGGAAUGAAUGUGCUGAAGAUUUCUUAUUGCUUUUGAAGGAGUGGGAGCAGCUUUGUGCAUCCUGCUCCUUGUUGAAAAGCAAUACCGUGGCACAUCCUUUGCUGAAAGUAGGAGAUAAGGAUGUGGAAGAUGACGAUGAUCGUGCAGAUGAUGACGGGGGAUCUGAUGACGAUGAUGAAGGUGAAAUUUUUGAAGUGGAAGAGAUCUUGGAAGUUUGUUAUGGAGACCCAAAGGAAAUAAAAAAGCCAGGCCUUUACUUUAAGGUAUGCUGGAAGGGUUAUGGCCCGGAUGAAGACACUUGGGAGCCAAUAGAAGGCUUAGAUGGCUGUCAAAACAAAAUAAAGGACUUUGUGACCAAGGGCUUUAAAGAAAGUGUUUUGCCAUUACCUGGGGAAGUAGACGUCAUAUGUGGGGGACCUCCUUGCCAGGGCAUAAGUGGCUUUAAUCGUUUUAGGAACUCAGCGAAUCCAUUACAUGAUCCGAAAAAUAAACAACUUGAAGUAUUCAUGAGCAUUGUGGAGUUCUUGAAGCCAAGGUUCGUGUUAAUGGAAAAUGUGGUGGACUUGCUGAGGUUUGCUCAUGGUUACCUUGGAAGAUAUGCACUAAGCAGACUUGUUGGAAUGAACUACCAAGCACGGAUGGGAAUGAUGGUUGCUGGGGCAUAUGGACUUCCACAAUUUCGUAUGCGUGUCUUCAUGUGGGGUGCUCUUCCUUCAGAGAAAUUGCCACAAUAUCCGUUGCCCACACAUAAUGUCAUUGUGAGGGGUGGCAUCCCCACAGAAUUUGAGUUAAAUGCAGUAGAUUUCGAAGAGGGCCUGCAGGUCAAGCUAAAGAGAGAACUUCUUCUUGAGGAUGCACUUUCUGAUCUUCCUCCUGUGGAAAAUAAUGAACCAAGGAACGAAAUGCCAUAUACUGAUGAGCCAAAAUCUGACUUUCAGCGGUUCAUAAGAUCAAGGAGGGAUGGUACGUUGGGUACUGUUUUGUAUGAUCAUCGUCCCCUUCAGUUAAACGAAGAUGACUAUCAGCGUGUAUCUCAAAUUCCCAAACGAAAGGGUGCAAACUUCAGGGACUUGCCUGGGGUUCGUGUUCGUGCUGAUAAUGUUGUUGAAUGGGAUCCAGAUGUGGAAAGAGUAAAACUUACAUCAGGGAAGCCUUUGGUUCCUGACUAUGCAAUGACUUUUGUUCGUGGCACUUCACAAAAGCCAUUUGGUCGUUUAUGGUGGGAUGAAAUUGUUUCAACAGUUGUUACAAGAGCCGAGCCCCACAAUCAGGCUAUAUUACAUCCAGUGCAGGACAGAGUGCUCACUAUCCGUGAAAACGCAAGGCUGCAAGGUUUCCCUGAUUACUACAAAUUGACUGGACCAAUAAAAGAAAGGUACAUACAAGUUGGAAAUGCAGUUGCUGUACCAGUUGCCCGGGCUUUAGGGUAUUCUUUAGCAUUAGCAUUGAAAGGAUUGUCGUCGCGAGAUCUACCAUUACUGACAUUGCCACCUAAUUUUCCAUGUCUAGAGGAACUGGUCUCCAAUGAAGAAUCUCUAGAUAAGCUUUAAUUAUCUGAACAUUAGAUCAAGCUAUUCACCUCCACUGAUUAUUUCCAAUUUUAAUCAUUCUUUAGUUUACUUGAAGUAGUUUGUUGUAAUGCAAGUUCUGCAUUAACAUUAUAUUUUGGUUAGUUGCUAAUUUAGGCCUAUGGAGAAGUUUGUGUAUGCAUACAUUGGAUUGACAGCUUAACUGUUUUUGGUGUAAAUGAUAACCAUUGUAGUACAAUGGUUAAAUUUUGAUUA